AUCAUCUGCAAUCAUGUCAAACCAAACGCUCUUUAAUUCGUAUCUCGCCCUUCUGAUUCUGCUUCUAUGUUUCACAGAAAGCUGCAUAGCUAGAAACAGCUCACAUUGCAUCACUUCUUCAUGUGGGAAUAUCAACAUUAGCUACCCUUUUAGGCUGAGAAGUGAUCCUGCAAAUUGUGGCCAUCCGGACUCCAUCUUUGCACUCGAAUGCCAGAAAGAUCGACUCACACUGCACACGAAUUCCAGAAGAUACCGUGUUGAGGCAAUCACUUACAGCAACUUCUCCAUUCGGAUAUCUGAUCCAGGUUUAGACAGCAAAAAUAUCUCAUCCUGUCCGAUUUAUUCGUAUGUAGACAAUGUUUAUAUGUACUCAAGCUAUGUAUACUCAUAUUACCCUAGCAGCAUUUACAUAACAUACAUCAACUGUCUAAGUCCUGUAGCUAAUCCGUUAUACGUUGAGAAUCCUUACUGUGCCAACACGAGCGCCUUCUCCAACACCUCCAGAAUUUACAGCUAUGUCACGGCUGAAACAAUAUUAGUACCCGAUUUGGAGUCAUCCUGCACCUUUGACACCGUGACUCAGGCUACAUUAAUUUGGCCUUCAACAGAUCAUCAUAACUAUUCGUAUGCACAGAUCCAUGAUCUGCUUGCUUAUGGAUUUGAGUUAUCAUGGUUUCGCGUGUUGUGUAUAGAAUGCGAUGAGAGCAAUGGAGAGUGCAGUUUGGAGGGCAACGAAAUCCGGUGUCGCCACUAUUGCUAUGAGAGCACCCCUUUCGAAGACCUUACUCUCAUCUGCAAAUUGGAGUAUUAUGCAGUUUAUUUGUACUUUCCGGUCUUAGCAAUCGGAGGGCUUAUAGUACUAAGAUAUGUAGUUGGGAUUCCAUGUUUACUUGGAAUGGUAGUGAUUAGGAGGAAAAGGCAGCGUUCAUGGAUAAACAACAGUGAAAACAUCGAAGAACUCACGAGACACCAGUUGAAUCACAUGCCAAUAAACUAUAGCUAUAGGGAGAUUAAAAAGAUGACUCACAAUUUCAAGGCUAAAUUAGGAGGAGGGCCUCAUGGAACUGUUUUCAGAGGCAAGCUACGAAGCGGCCCCACUGCUGCAGUGAAGAUGCUGACUAGCUCUUCUUCUUCAGCUAGUGACAAGGAGUUCAUCAGGCAUGCAUCAGAAAUCUCGAGGAUCACCAAUGCAAAUGUGGUCAAACUCUUUGGAUUCUGCUUAAAGGGAAACAAAAGAGCUCUGGUGCAUGAGUUUGUGCAAUUUGGCUCUCUUGAAAAACACAUCUCCUUGCAGGAAGGGACCAAGAAACGCGAUCUGAGCUGUGGAGAGACGUUCAAGAUAGCCGUUGGGAUAGCCCAUGGGAUCCAGUGUUUGCAUGCUGCUAACAUCCUGCAUCUUGCAAUCAAGCCUCAGAACAUUCUACUUGAUGAGGAUUUCAAUCCCAAGAUUUCAGAUCCCGGACUUGAAAAACUAGAGCCUUCACGGAUUAAGGGGAAGAUGGGAUUCAUGCCUCCAGAAAUGGUGUACAAGAACAUUGGAGGAGAGGUUACUUGCAAAGCUGAUGUGUACAGUUUCGGGAUGCUGGUGCUGGAAAUGGCUGCGCGGCUGCAAUCACACACGAGCCAUGUUUACUACCCCUUGUGGAUUUACAAUCAGUUGUGUGAAGGGAAGGAGUUGGAAAUGAGAGGUGGUGGAGAAGAAGAGAAGGAGAUGAUGAAAAAGAUGAUUGUAGCAGCAUUAUGGUGCAUUCAGAUUAAGGCUGGAGAUAGGCCAAGUAUGGAGCAAGUUGUUGGCAUGCUUCAAGGGGGAGUUGAGUUGCUGCACUUGCCACCAAUGCCUUUCCAGAGACCCAUGCAUUCUGACUUGUAGUAUUCCCUCAUGUAUUCAUUUAUUUACUUUCCUCUCUUUAACCA